AUGGUGCUCGAAGCAAUACGUUAUCAGCCAAGGAGUCUUGAGAUCCUCAAUCAGCUGAAGUUGCCACACCAGACCGCGUACGACGAGGUCAAGGACAGCAAAGAUGGCUGGCAUGCAAUCAAGGAUAUGCGGACACGUGGUGCACCUGCUAUUGCUAUAGUCGCCGCCCUGUCACUGGCCGUGGAACUGCAAAAUAACAGGGUCUCUGAGAAUGCUGAAGAAGUCGGGGCUUUCAUCGUGGAGAAGCUGGACUAUCUAGUCACCAGUCGACCCACUGCUGUUAACCUGGCUGAUGCAGCAAGAAAGCUGAAGAAGAUUGUUGAGACGGCUUCCAAGUCAAGUGACAACAAUGGGCAGGCUGUCGUCAAGGCAUACUGUGAUGCCGCUGCCCAGAUGCUGAUCAGUGAUGUAUCUGACAACCAAGGCAUCGGCAAGUACGGCGCUGAGUGGAUCGAAAAGCAGGCCGGAGGAGGACAGGUCAGUGUGCUCACGCACUGCAAUACCGGCUCCCUCGCCACCGCAGGCUACGGCACAGCACUAGGCGUCAUCCGCUCCCUUCACGCCAACGGCAAGCUAAAGCAAGCCUUCUGUACCGAGACCAGACCAUACAAUCAAGGUUCACGCCUCACCGCCUUCGAACUCGUCCACGACAACAUCCCCGCAACACUAAUCACGGACUCCAUGGCCUCGGCACUACUGCGACUAAAAGGUCCUUCGGAGCACAUAGCAGCGAUAGUCGUGGGCGCCGACCGCGUGGCCGCCAACGGCGAUACGGCAAAUAAAAUCGGGACCUACCAGCUGGCCAUAACAGCCAAGCACCACGGCGUCAAAUUCCUCGUCGCGGCACCUCGAACUACAAUCGAUCUGCAAACCCGAUCCGGCGAGGACAUCACCAUCGAGGAACGACCGGGCAAAGAAAUGACAUUCAUCAAAGGCCCGCGCUUCGACGGCGUGGACGUUGACCUGAGCCAUUCAGAGACCGUGAGCAUCGCGGCGAAGGGCAUUGAUGUCUGGAAUCCUUCUUUCGACGUCACGCCCGCUGAGCUGAUCGAUGGCAUUAUCACGGAGAUUGGAGUGGUGGAGAAGGGUAAAGAUGGGAAGUUCGAUUUGACUAUGGCGAUGGAGGCGCAUAAUGAGAGUGUUAAGCCGAGUACGGUGGGUGGGUUGUGA